CUUCGGGGAGGAAGUGUGGGAGUCCCGCGCCUCUAAAGCCCGCCUUUCCUGUCAAAUAAAGGUCGCAGCAGCCGCGUCAACGGGCGGAGCUAACGUGAUCGUGAUUCAUGCAGUCCGGGGACCCCGAAGGUGGGGCCCCACGUAACAAGAAGAUGACCCGAAGUUGCUCCGCAGUGGGCUGCAGCACCCGUGACACCGUGCUCAGCCGGGAGCGCGGCCUCUCCUUCCACCAAUUUCCAACUGAUACCAUACAGCGCUCAAAAUGGAUCAGGGCUGUUAAUCGUGUGGACCCCAGAAGCAAAAAGAUUUGGAUUCCAGGACCUGGUGCUAUACUGUGUUCCAAGCAUUUUCAAGAAAGUGACUUUGAGUCAUAUGGCAUAAGAAGAAAGCUGAAAAAAGGAACUGUGCCUUCUGUUUCUCUAUACAAGGUUCCUCAAGGGAUACGUCUUAAAGGCAAAGCAAGACAGAAAAUCCUAAAACAGCCUCUUCCAGUUAAUUCUCAAGAAGUUGCUACUGAGGACCAUAACUAUAGUUUAAAGACACCUUUGACGAUAGGUGCAGAGAAACUGGCUGAGGUGCAACAAAUGUUACAAGUGUCCAAAAAAAGACUUAUCUCUGUAAAAAACUAUAGGAUGAUCAAGAAAAGAAAGGGUUUACAAUUAAUUGAUGCACUUGUAGAAGAGAAAUUACUUUCUGAAGAAACAGAGUGCCUGCUACGAGCUCAAUUUUCAGAUUUUAAGUGGGAGUUAUAUAAUUGGAGAGAAACAGAUCAGUACUCCACAGAAAUGAAACAGUUUGCAUGUACGCUCUACUUGUGCAGUAGCAAAGUCUAUGAUUAUGUAAGAAAGAUUCUUAAGCUGCCUCAUUCUUCCAUCCUCAGAACAUGGUUAUCCAAAUGCCAACCUGGUCCAGGUUUCAACAGCCACAUUUUUUCUUUUCUUCAACGAAGAGUACAGAACGGAGAUCAACUCUAUCAAUAUUGUUCAUUGAUAAUAAAAAGUAUACCUCUCAAGCAACAGCUUCAGUGGGAUCCCAGCAGUCACAGUUUACAGGGGUUUAUGGACUUUGGUCUUGGAAAACUUGAUGCUGAUGAAACACCACUUGCUACAGAAACUGUUUUAUUAAUGGCAGUGGGUGUUUUUGGCCAUUGGAGAACACCUCUUGGUUAUUUUUUUGUAAACAGAGCAUCUGGAUAUUUGCAAGCUCAGCUGCUUCGGCUGUCUAUUGGUAAACUGAGUGACAUAGGAAUCACAGUUCUGGCUGUUACAUCUGAUGCCACGGCACAUAGUGUUCAGAUGGCAAAAGUGUUGGGGAUACAUAUUGAUGGAGAUGAUAUGAAAUGUACAUUUCAGCAUCCUUCAUCUUGUAGUCAACAAAUUGCAUACUUCUUUGAUUCUUGCCACUUGCUAAGAUUAAUAAGAAAUGCAUUUCAAAAUUUUCAAAGCAUUCAGUUUAUUAAUGGCAUAGCACAUUGGCAGCACCUUGUGGAGUUAGUAACACUAGAGGAACAGGAAUUAUCAAAUAUGGAAAGAAUUCCAAGUACACCUGCAAAUUUGAAAAAUCAUGUACUGAAAGUGAAUUGUGCUGCCCAACUCUUUAGUGAGAGUGUAGCCAGUGCAUUAGAAUAUUUGCUAUCCUUAGGCCUGCCGCCUUUUCAAAACUGUAUUGGUACCAUCCAUUUUUUACGUUUAAUUAACAAUUUGUUUGACAUUUUUAAUAGUAGAAACUGUUAUGGAAAGGGACUUAAAGGGCCUCUGUUGCCUGAAACUUACAGUAAAAUAAACCAUGUGUUAAUUGAAGCCAAGACUAUUUUUGUUACAUUAUCUGACACUAGCAAUAAUCAAAUAAUUCAAGGUAAGCAAAAACUAGGAUUCCUGGGAUUUUUGCUCAAUGCCGAGAGCUUAAAAUGGCUCUACCAAAAUUAUGUUUUCCCAAAGGUCAUGCCUUUUCCUUAUCUUCUGACUUACAAAUUCAGCCAUGAUCAUCUGGAAUUAUUUCUAAAGAUGCUUAGGCAGGUAUUAGUAACAAGUUCUAGCCCUACCUGCCUGGCAUUCCAGAAAGCUUACCAUAAUUUGGAGACCAGAUACACAUUUCAAGAUGAAGUUUUUCUAAGCAAAGUAAGCAUCUUUGACAUUUCAGUUGCUCGAAGGAAAGACUUGGCCCUGUGGGCAGUUCAGCGUCAGUAUGGUGUCAGUGUUACAAAGACCCUCUUUCAUGAAGACGGCAUUUGUCAAGACUGGUCUAAUUGUUCACUAAGUGAGGCAUUGUUAGACCUAUCAGAUAAUAGAAAAAAUCUCAUCCGUUAUGCUGGUUAUGUUGCAGACAAGUUAUCAGCUCUUUUAACUUGUGAGGACUGCAUCACUGCACUAUAUGCAUCGGAUCUCAAAGCCUCUAAAAUCGGGUCACUAUUAUUUGUUAAAAAGAAGAAUGGUUUGCAUUUUCCCUCAGAAAGUCUAUGUCGGGUCAUAAAUAUUUGUGAGCGAGUUCUAAGAACCCAUUCAAGAAUGGCAAUUUUUGAACUAAUUCCUAAACAGAGGGAAUUGUAUCUUCAACAGAAAAUAUUAUGUGAGCUUUCUGGGCAUAUUUAUCUUUUUGUAGAUUUGAAUAAGCAUCUCUUUGAUGGAGAAGUGUGUGCCGUCAAUCACUUUGUUAAGUUGCUAAAGGAUAUAAUAAUCUGUUUCUUAAAUAUUAGAGCUAACAAUGUUGCACAGAACCCUUUAAAACGUCAUUCAGAGAGAACUGAUAUGAAAACCUUAUCAAGGAAACACUGGUCAUCUCUACCAGACUAUAAAUGUUCAAGUUUUGCUAAUACCAAUAAAUUCAGGCAUUUGCUAAGUAACGAUGGAUAUCCAUUCAAAUGAGAGACCUAAAAUAUAUUAACAUUUUAAUUAAAAAUACUUGGUCAACUUUUUUUUUUUUUUUUGAGAUAGAGUCUCGCUCU